CAGUAACGGGUUGUGGUUUUUGCUCUCACCCCGCAGGCAACACGAGCUAGAAACUGUCAAACAGCUACAAGAAGAAACUGCUGGCCAGGCAGAAGCCCUUGGUUUAGAGCUUCAGGAAGCUCUGAAGCAGCUCAAGGAUGCCAGCAGACAUGCAGAGGAUCAAGUUGAAGCAUUUCACUCCGCUCGUGAGGAAGCAGCAUCCUUGAAGAGCAAGUUGGAGGAAGCCAUUUCUGAGCAGCAAAGGCUCAGGGAUGUGAGUGCAGCUUUAACAAGCACUUGCCAGUUGCUUCAGGAAAAGGUGGAACACCAGAGAACAACUGCUAAUGCACUGAGAUGGGAACUGCUUCAGAGGAGACUCUGCGAGUUGGUGUGUCAGUGCUGUGCAGAGUUAGAAUCUGCCUAUGGUCUGCUGCCCACCUCAGCUGAACCUAUAAAAGGGAAGCAGCUCUAUUGCUCUAAAGGGCCGUGGAAUGAAGGACCCUCAGAUCUUUUGUCCUGGCACAGUUCCCCUCUGCUAGAUGCUCUGAACUUGGAAAUCUCCUGCCCAAAUAACUCCCCUGGGCACAGCUGGGGCUGGCCUUGCAGGCAAAACUCUGGCAGCUGCACCUUUGGAAGGGGUGACCUGGGACAUGUGUCCACAUCAGAUGUGACAUCAGAGGCCUGCAGGUGGAAAAUAUGCUCUGCUGGUGACUACACUGAUGCAGACCUUCCUGUUUCCAUUACAAUGAUGGACUCUUCACUUACUGAGCUUGACUGUGCAGAGGCAACGCUACCAGCCAGUCUGAUCCCAUCCAGUGACCACCUCACUUCAGCCCGAGACGUUCUUGCGUCCUCGGCGGAAAGCACGGCACCGGUGACGGGCUGCCUUGUCAUGGAGGAAGAAUCACCCCAGGGCUUACGUGAGGGAGAGGACGAUGUGCCAACUUCUGCGGCAACGGAGAAAAACAGUGAUAAGGAUCCAGCUGGUCCUGUGUCAGGACCCAUCAAGCAGGAAUUCUACCCAGUGAUGGAGGAACACAAACCUGCACUUCAAAGUGUUUUAAAGCAAGACCCGGAGGGGGACCAGGAAAAGAAAAAUAACAAAGAGUGGGGUGAGGAAGCACCAGCCGUGGUUCCCAGCAGGAAAGGGAGUUCACCCACUGCAGGUGGCAUUAAAGGAGAUAAGACAAAGCAAAACGAGCCUGAAUCCCCUAGUGAGAAGGAAGUGGAGGCUGAAUUUCUGAGGUUGUCUUUAGGUUUUAAAUGUGACUUGUUUACCUUGGACAAGAGGGUGAAGCUUGAAGAAAGGUCACGAGACUUGGCUGAAGAAAACUUGAAAAAGGAGAUCACAAAUGCUGUAAAGAUGUUGGAGGCUUUAGUUCCUUUGUGUGAAGAAGACAACCAAGCACAGGAGAUCAUUAAGAAGCUGCAGAAAAGCUUGCAGUUCCUCAGCCAGUAUGCAGCCCGAGUGGCCAGCAGAGCAGAGAUGUUGGGAGCUAUUAAUCAGGAGAGCCGGGUCAGCAAGGCUGUGGAAGUAAUGAUCCAACAUGUGGAAAACCUGAAGCGCAUGUACGCGAAAGAACACGCGGAACUCGAGGAGCUGAAACAGGUCCUGCUCCAGAACGAGAGAUCCUUCAGUUCCCUGGGAGACAGAGAUGAAUCUACAAAUAAAAAGCUACCAAGUCCUUUUAACUUUAAGCCAUCGUCAGCCCUGCGGAGAGUUAGCAUUGCAACAGUGCCCAGGAGUGCUGGGAAUGCAGGGAUUGGGUUGCCACUGGCCCAACUCCAUGACCCCGAUGGAGACGAACGGAGUGAGAGGUUCAAUAGGAGAUCAAGCAGCUGGGGGAAACUAGGGGUGAAGCAAAACGAGAAGCGUCCUUCGCUGCAGCGAUUCCUCAGCACCUAUUCCUGGGCAGAGUAUGAAGAGGAGCACUUUGCACCAAAAAAUGAGCAGUCAGAGUCCCCUGCUGAAGUACAGGAACAACCCACCAGGAAGGAAAGUGUCUCUGAGAAAGGAAAAUAUUCAUCAAAAUGGAUGCUGGAGUCAGUGUACAACUUGAUGUCAUUGUGGGUGUCUGACUUCAAGGCUUCCUUUUCCAAUGCCAACAAAACCCUCUGGGUCUCUGUCUCCAUCCUGGUGCUCCUGGCUGCCCUCAUGAGCUUCCUCACGGGGCUGUCCCUUCACAGACCCGCAGAUGCAGCACCUGUAGGAACUGGGGACUCCUGGACAUCACUACAGCAGCUGCUGUGGCCCUACAUAAGACUGCGACACAAUGGGCCCCCCCCAGUAUAACCAAGGUUCUGACUUCUGUAGUUGUACUUCAAGUACUUUCUAAGAAGCUGAGAUAGUUUAUUUAAGGUUAUGUGUUUGGAUUUGUUUUGUUGGGUUGUGGGUAUUUUUGGGGAGAUUUUUUUUUCUUUCUCUAAAGCAUGACUUGAAAUGAAAGUGUGUAUAUAUAUAUUUUUUUUUCCCUCUAUUCUGACAAAAGUCAUCUUUACAAGUAGCUGAAAGGGUCUCUGUUCAAGCAAAGUAAGUUCAUUAUUCUCUUGUGGCUAGGACCACUUAGUCGUUUUUAUUGUUAGCUACUUUCAAAUUAUAAACCUGAACAGAACUAAGAAAAAAUUGUUUGCAUUUGAGUCACUGGAGCUGUUUCAAUGAGUUGAAUAGAACAGGGUUCUAGACUUGAACUGUAACUUUAUUGAGAACUUUUGAUAAUAAAGUUUUGAAGGAAAA